CUCCCGAAAUCUCAGGGCGCAAGGAUGUUUUACUUCUUCUUUGAGUCGCGCACGAAGAAGGAGGCUCCUGUGGUGAUUUGGUUGACGGGAGGGCCUGGAUGUAGCAGUGAAUUGGCUAUGUUCUAUGAGAACGGACCUUUCAAGAUUGAUAAGAACAUGUCUCUUGCUUGGAAUGAGUAUGGAUGGGACCAGGCUUCCAAUCUACUGUAUGUUGACCAGCCUGUUGGAACUGGUUUCAGCUACACCACUGACAAAAGUGAUAUCCGUCAUGAUGAAACUGGAGUCAGCGAUGAUCUGUAUGACUUUCUGCAGGCAUUCUUUGCGGAGCACCCUACGCUGGCAAACAAAGACUUUUACAUAACGGGAGAGUCAUAUGCUGGCCACUACAUUCCGGCGUUUGCUGCCAGAGUCCAUACUGGAAACAAGGCUAAUGAGGGAGUUCAUGUUAACCUUAAGGGAUUCGCCAUUGGAAAUGGGCUUACAGAUCCUGCAAUCCAAUACCCAGCCUAUCCUGACUAUGCGUUGGAAAUGGGCUUAAUUACGCAAGCAGAGCAUGAUCGCUUAGAAAAAAUUGUGCCACUGUGCGAACUAUCCAUUAAGCUUUGUGGAACUGAUGGAACAAGUUCUUGUUUGGCGUCAUAUCUUGUUUGCAACACCUUGUUCACUGGUGUAAUGAAACAUGCUGGCGGAGUAAACCAUUACGACAUCAGGAAGAAGUGCGAGGGGAGUUUAUGCUACGACUUCUCAAACAUGGAGAAAUUCUUGAAUCUGCAAUCAGUGAGAAAGUCGCUUGGUGUUGGGGACAUAGAGUUCGUCUCCUGUAGUACAAGUGUCUAUCAGGCAAUGCUACAAGAUUGGAUGAGGAAUCUCGAGGUUGGGAUUCCCACGCUCUUGGAAGAUGGAAUCAACCUUCUCGUGUACGCAGGAGAAUAUGAUCUCAUCUGCAACUGGCUCGGUAACUCGAGGUGGGUGAAUGCAAUGGAGUGGUCAGGGAAAGAGAACUUCAAGGCGAGUAAGGAAGUACCCUUUGUGGUUGAUGGUAAAGAAGCAGGCAAGUUAAAGAGUUAUGGACAACUCAGUUUCCUCAAGGUGCACGAUGCGGGGCACAUGGUUCCAAUGGACCAGCCAAAAGCUGCGCUGGAAAUGUUGAAGGGAUGGAUGGAGAAUUCGCUUACUGGAGUAGAUGCUGUGACUACUAGUACCACUACAGAAGGAGAGGAUUUGGUUGCUCAGAUGUGAUCCCCAUCUUCUUUUUAAAACAAUGUGUACUGGUUUCUGAUGUAAUUUGAAUAUUUGAUUACAGAGUGUUUACAACAUACUGUAUACUAAUUUGA